CGGUAGAACUGUGGUGAAUUUUGGGGUCAGGGUCGUUGCGGUGACCAACUAAGACCAGUAGCGCACUAAGCUUCUCAAAUUAUUUUGCAGCCUCAUCCAUCGCAUCUCAACCUCGUCGUCUUUGUCCCUCUGUUCAACUCCAACUAUCCAACCCCACCACCCUCAUUUUUCCACACACUUGCGCUUGUCGGGGACCAUCUGCGUGAUUCUUGAAUCAACCUCAGGGCUCCUCCGACUUCUGCCAAAAUGUCCGCCGACGAAGACCGCCGGGUCAAACAGUUGGAGGCUGGGAACAGAGAAGCUGCGCGAAUGUGGCGCGCAUGGCGAACGAUUCAUCAAAUGGUUCAGGAUCGGGGGUAUACGUUGGCCGAGGAGGAAGUCAACAUGUCUUUGAGAGAAUUCAAGGACAAACAUUGCUCCAACGAUGGUCAUGUUAGGUUCGUCCGAGAAAUUUGAAUCUGCCCAUUGGCAUACUCCGGCCAUGGGCGCAGCUAACAAAGCAUUCGCAAACAGCAAGGCCAACAUGAAAUUCUCUGCUCAUCCUAGCGAUGAUAUGAUGAGAAAAUACUCUACCCCACCAACCCUUCGCGAACCAAAUCCACCUGCCCCAGAUAUUGGGCCAAUCUGGUGCGAAUUCCUCGAGGCAGACAACGUUGGAAUUAAGCACCUGCGUACAUUUGCGCAAUACCUCUCCGCGAACAAUUUCCACACCGGUAUCCUAAUCACAAGUGUUAACAUCACUCCUUCCGCGCUCAAAAUUAUCCCAGCUGUCGCAAACGAGACGAGAAUUGAGACCUUCAAUGAACAGGAUUUGUUGGUUAAUAUCACCCACCAUGAGUUGGUGCCCAAACAUGUUUUAUUGAGCAAGGAGGAGAAAUCGGCUUUGUUGGAGAGAUACCGUCUAAAGGAUACCCAACUUCCACGUAUUCAAAUGACUGAUCCAGUUGCGCGAUACAUGGGGUUGCGAAGAGGGCAAGUGGUGAAGAUUAUCAGAAAGUCCGAGACGGCUGGUCGGUAUGCGAGUUACAGACUGUGUGUAUAAUUGCAACGAGGAUGGUAUUUUGCGCGACGGUUCCGGUCCGCUUGGGAGUUUGGUGGCGUUUUAUUUGGGGAAGAAAAGCAUUGAUCCAUGGCGUCAAAGGAGACAGAUUGAGAAAUGGUGGAU